GCGGUCGUAACCAGUGGCCGGCCGCUGCCAGCUCUUGCCCGGGCAUUCGAAACCAAAGAGAGAGAGCGAGAGAGAGGGAAACACACAAAAAAAGGAGGAAAUAAGGAGCCAUGCGUGAACGAGGAUGGCGACGCUAAGGAAGGAUUCUGUCCUGGUGCUUCGCAGACGACAUGGUGCUGUGUCGUUGCCCUGAGGUAUCCGUCACGGAGAACAGUCACCAGUCGAGCACCGUGGGUCACACUGGCGAGAAGAGGGGCGUGGUGAAAGGAGGUCCCCGACGGGGGCCCUUUGCAGCAACAGCGGGGCCGGGGACAUCCCGGGCCCCGCUCCGGGCCUGACCGCUGCGCGCCAUGACGAAGCAUGCAUGGCGACGCCCUCACUUAAGUCUCUUCUGCUGUUGUCUUCUGCUCUACUGCACAGGUGAGAGCUGGUGUCUGGAAGUUGGUGCGCCCCACAACCACCGCCGACGGCAACUAUCGGAACAGCACGGUGCCCCCAUCUUAGUGAGGGAACCCCCUAGCCGUGUAGUGUACUUGAACUCGACAGGCGCUUGGCUCGAUUGCCAGGCGUACGGUGCACCGCCUCCUACCGUUCGCUGGAGGAACGUGGCGCCAUCUACUGUCAUGGCGCCGUCCGGUGCGACUCCACUUCUGCUUCUUCACUCAACGGGGGAGAUUCUGGAGGACAUUCCCAGUGUGCGUUACACGUUUCCCAAUGGAACUAUGGUGCUGUGGCCUUUUUCCACUCCGGAUCCGAGAGUGCACUCCGGAGUGAUUCAGUGCGUCGCUUCGAAUGGAGUGGGCACGGUUGUGUCCAGGGAUGUACAUAUUAGGGGAGUUGUUCCGCAAGAGUACAAGACAAAAGUGUACGACGAGUUCGUUGUUAGGGGCAACACAGCGGUACUUCACUGCCAGAUGCCAGCUUAUGUACGGGACGAUGUCCAAGUGGUUGAAUGGCUUCGGGACGAUGGGAUGACGAUCAAACAGGCGGUGAUCGACGCCAAACAAGGAAGCCGAUACAGUGUGCUUCCAACGGGGGAACUCCUGGUGCGAAAUGUUAGCGAAGCGGACGACGGAAUUUCGUAUCAGUGCCAGACAAAACACAUUCUUACUGGAAAGCUCAAGCUCAGCGACACUGCCGGACGCAUCAUCGUCAACCCCUCUACGGGCCCGUUUCAACCUCGACAUAUCUACAGCAAAUCAUCCGUGGCCAUCGAACAAGGAAGUCUGGCUCAACUACCCUGCGUGGCUCAUGGCUAUACUGUGCCUCAAUAUACUUGGUACCGGCUGUCUGGCGGUACGAAUGAAAGCCGAGAGCCCGUGCAGCUGGGAGGUCGCCAUGGAAUACAGGGAGGAACUCUACUUAUACGACACGCUACGAUCGCCGACUCUGGAAAGUACGUGUGUGUGGCAAACAACUCUCUAGCAUCGGAGCCAUUCGUGGUACGGCUAAACGUCUUCGCUCCGCUCUCGGCAGCAGUGCAUCCGGAACAGCAGACGGUGGACCUGGGCGGUUCCGCCACGCUGACCUGUAGACCCUCGGGACACCCCGUGGCAUCGCUGCUGUGGCUCAAGGACGGGGCCGUACUCGGACAGGUAGACCAGGGUCGGAUACGCGUCGUCGGUCAGUCGCUGACGUUGCGGCCGGUGGAACGACACGACGCCGGUGUUUAUCAGUGCCUCGUUCGCAACGAACGGGACUCAGCACAGGGGGCUGCGAGGCUACAGCUCGGAUUUUCAGCGCCGAGUUUCUUCUCAGUAUUCUCCGAACAGACCCUAGAGCCGAGCCGGUUCGUCUCCCUCCAGUGUGUCGCUACAGGGAGUCCCUUGCCAAGGAUUACUUGGUCUCUGGAUGGUUCGCCGAUCGCGGCUGAGCCUCGUGUAAGGACCGGAGACCGUGCAGCUGCUCUGAACCAUCUCACCAGCUAUCUCAACAUCAGUGCCCUUCGCGUGGAAGACGGCGGUGUGUACUCCUGCGAGGCGACCAACAGCGCUGGCUCUGCUGUGCACGUGGCCAGACUCAAUGUUGCUGGGCCUCCGAGAGUUAGAGCCAUGAAGGGCCGAGAAACGGUGGCUGGAGAAACGCUGAGGCUACACUGUCAUUUCGCCGGCCAUCCCAUCGAUACCAUCACUUGGUCAAAAGGAGGAAUGAAGCUUCCUGCCAACAAGCGUCAGGAAGUGUUGGCCAACGGUACCCUCGUAAUCAAAGAGGUUCGACAGUACGAAGACAACGGCACCUACAUGUGCCACGUGACCAGCGGACACGGCCAGAGCGCCAGUGGUACGGUACAGGUCAACGUGCGAGUUCGUCCAACAUUGGCCCCGUUUGCCUUCCCUCCUGGCCUUCAAGCCGGCAUGCGAGCCCGUCUCGUCUGUACGGUCACAUCGGGCGAUCCUCCUUUCGAGAUCGGCUGGAAGAAAGACAACGGUCCUCUAGCCCCGGCCCUGGGCAUCCGUGUACAGACAGACGCCUUCUCCAGCGACCUGACUUUCGCCAGCGUCUCUCCGAGGCACAACGGCAACUACUCGUGCGUCGUCAGCAACGCCGCAGCCUCUGCGUCUCAUAGCACGGUACUCGUUGUUGAAGUUCCUCCAAAAUGGAUCGUGGAACCGAGCGAUACGUCGGUGCUUGUGGGACGAAGCGUCCGAGUGGAUUGCCUGGCGGAUGGCCACCCCGCGCCCGCCAUCACGUGGGAGAGGGAAAACUUGUAUGGCUCGUCAGGGUACAGCACCAUCUCCAGUGGGGCUGACUACGACGUCUUCUCCAAUGGGUCCCUGCUCGUGAAGCAUGCUCAAGAGACAAUGACCGGUCGGUAUCUGUGCCAAGCGAGCAACGGCAUCGGCAUGGCCCUCAGCAAGCUUGUCCUUCUCAAAGUUCAAGUUGGGCCGCAUUUUGCCACCAAGUUCAGGAGCGAGACGGUCCGCAGGGGAUCCUCCGUGAAGCUGCGGUGCGAAGCACGAGGGGACCUUCCCAUGACGCUCCGAUGGGCGGCCCAUGGCCACACCAUUGCGCACCAGGAAAACAAACACAGAUAUACAAUCAAAGAGGAGGCUUCGACGCGCAUGAUGCUAUCGGAACUCCAAAUCCAUUCUGCUCAAAGAAAAGAUGCUGCCUUAUUUACUUGUCACGCCUCCAAUGCGUUCGGGAGUGACGACCUCAACAUUAAGCUCAUCGUACAAGAGCCACCAGAGCCUCCCGGGGACGUCAAAGUCGGCGAAGUGAAGUCCCGUUCCCUUCUGCUCAGUUGGUCCCCUUCGUUCAGUGGCAACAGCCCUGUUUCCAGAUAUCUUGUACAGUGCCAAUCGGAAACAGGUCUGGCAACCAAUGUGUCUGUGGAGAGUGAAAGGACGUCGGCGACUGUGAGGCCUCUUCGGCCGUCCACGAAGUACGAGUGUCAUGUGCGUGCCGAAAAUGAUGUCGGUGUCGGGGAUCCGAGCAGCCCUGCUGUAAAAGCAACCACAGGAAUCGAAGUACCAGGUGGUCCUCCACUGGAUGUGAAAGCCGUAGCUGUGGACUCACAAUCAAUACGAGUCACGUGGAAGCCUCCAGAACCCGAUCUGCAGAACGGAGAACUGAAAGGAUAUUACGUGGGGUACCGAUUGGAUCAGCCUGGUGAUCCUUACCUCUACAAGACGCUACAAAUGCAGGACGGUGUCCGUGAAGAAGUGCUCCUUUCGCCAUUGAAGAAGUUUUCGCCUUUCGUUAUCCUCGUUCAAGCCUUCAACGCGGCUGGUCCGGGGCCUAGGUCGGACGAGGUGACAGUCUCCACGCUUGAUGACGUGCCUAGUGAGCCGCCACAGGAUGUGAAGUGCACGGCGCUGAGCUCGGAAUCAAUCCACGUCUCCUGGGAGGCUCCCCCUGCGACGGCAAUUCAUGGUUACCUUCAAGGUUAUCGCAUCUGGUACGCACCGCUACCAGCUGCCAAAGAAAGAGGUCGUGAAGAGAAAGCUGUGACUGGUCAAGAAACGACCCUGCUCAACUUGCGCAAGUUCACAAAUUACUUCGUUCAAGUGGCUGCGUUCACUCAGAGGGGUCUCGGCACGGAGAGCGAACCUGUCUUUUGCAGAACGCUCGAAGAUGUGCCAGACCCUCCAGAGGAGGUUAAGGUGCUAGUCCUAUCUUCAAUGUCCCUUCUCGUUGCCUGGAAACCCCCCAAGCACCACAAUGGCCUUGUUACCCUCUAUUCUAUCUACUACAAGACGACUGACAAACAGAACGCAACGGUUAAGCUCGUGCCGACGUCGACUCUCGAAUGCAACAUCACGCGACUGCCACGUAACAGCAGAGUGGACGUCUGGAUGACGGCGUCGACGCGCGUCGGUGAGGGCCCGCCGUCACAGACGAUCGUCCAGACUACAAACGAACAAGUGCCUGCCCGUACAGUGAGCUUCGACGAAGCUGUCCGUGUGAGUCCGGGAGAAGACGUGCAGCUCCCAUGUCCCUUUGUCGGCACGCCCCCUGUCCACUGGGAAUGGAAGUUUGGCGACCAACCCGUGACGGCGUCCGAUCGUCUGGAACUGUCACCUGGCGGGACGCUCACCAUUAAAAAUACGGAACCCUCCGAUUCCGGCAACUACAGCUGCAGUGUUCGCAACCGCCUGUCGAGCGACACAACGCGGCUUCACCUAACGGUGCAAGCCGCUACGGACAGAUUUGUGUUGAAAGUCGCGUCUCAGACGUCAUCGUCUCUCCAUCUCGUCGCCACGGGAUCAGCUCUGGAAGAUCAGGUUGUCCAAGUCCUGGAAGUUCACCUGAAGGCAGAAUCAGGCGAGUGGCAGCAACGGUCUGUGCUCGCUCGAAAUGGCUCCUACACAGUUGACUCCCUGCUGUGUGGUACACGAUACCAACUGUACGGCGUCGCCUUUCUCGGUUCCGGAAUCAGAGAACAGAGUGAACUCGUCACAGCCAGGACUCUUGGAACGCCUCCUGUGGCGCCCACAAAAGAAGACCUCUUUCGUGUACUCAACAGCACCCACAUCCAAGUCGCUACGUGGUCCUGGCGUUCCGGAGGCUGUCCAAUCACGCGCAUCAGCGUCGAGUACCGUCUUCAUUCGCAACCGGAUUGGACAUCUUUCUGGAACCAAACGGGAGGACCCGGGGACCUUGACGCCUCUCCUUCUGGAGAAGCCAACAGCGUCAUCCUCGGAGGGCUGGAGCCGGAAACCUGGUACGUGGUCCGUGUGACGGCCUUCAAUGCUGCCGGAGUGACCAGAGUGAAGAGCGACCUUGUCACCACUAGUGGAGGGGGCUUCGAUGUGUUCCGGGGAGGUUCCAUCCGGGCAUUCUUCGAAGACACGACGACGCUGGUGUCGAUGGCCUCUUCCGGUGUAGUACUGCUAGCGGGAGUCGUCGCGGUCAUCUGUCUGGUCCUCUACAAGAGACGUCGGAAUGGAAGGGCGGCAGCUGGAGGCGGGUCAGGAGCUUCCAGGACGAACGCGGCGUCCAAGCAGAAAGCUAGGCCUCCUGGCAGGUCCAGGAGUUCUUCAUCGCAACCAAAGUCAGCAGAAUCCCGCAGCAGCGACUUGGCGACGGCUACCACAACCACCACCAUCUCGUCCGGCGUCACGGCAACCAAUGAGAGAAACGAACGCACUUCAGGACGCGACCCUUCACGUCCACCGACGCUUCCCGAGAAGAAGAACCGCGACGCUGCUCGACGGAACCGAGAGCUGGCUGGGAGACCUGACUCCCGGGAGUCUCCGGUUCGGAAGGCGCCCCCUAAGACGCCAUCGAACAAGACCACGAACAAGAUGCUGAGCGAGAUGCAGCAGCAUCAGCAAAGGAAGAUCCGCCUGCCAUCGCCAAAGAAACAAUUUUACGACGAAGAGAUAACGCCGUACGCGACAUUCCAGCUGUCUCCUUCCAAAAGCGGUCGCAUCGAAGAUGCCGAAGAGUUCAAGACCUUCACGAUACAUCACGGCGAACCUCCCUACAUGGCAAAGGGGAGUCUAGAUGCCCCAUCGACCUGUAGCAAGAACGGCAAAGAAGAGUUCUACAGCCACGCCCCAAAUAGCCACAGCCUGACGUCGGGCUCGUCCAAUCAAGACGAACUACUUCGGGCGUACGAGUACGCCAGACGCCACGGCGGCCCACUCGGGGGCGGACCAGGAACAGAGGUUCACUACGACGCCGCCGGGGGCGGAAGUCACAACACGACGGAGUCCGAAGGUAGCACCGACCCUGGCAUCCGACAGUUCACAGAAAGCCCGCCAAGGCCAAACGAGAGGCGACAGGCCGCCUGCAUCACACCUGGUUCAGGCAACCUAUCGAAAGAGAACAGCACGAGCAGCAGCGCUUCGUCGGGAUCUGACGAGGCGACGCCUGUCAACACCCCGUGCACCGGUGGGACGUCGGUUCCUCCGUGCUUCUCGGUGUGGGACCAUUCCCGAGGCUCCAGACAUCAUCCUCCACCGUUACCCGCCAAGAAAGGAAGCGCGUCUUCAACGUCAUCCGUCACAGCCACCGCUUUGGCGAAGAACAUCAAGAAGGGUGGGAACGAGAACACGCUCGGCGCAAGACUAUCCAGUGAUGAGAGCGACAGUGAAGGAACGGCUUCUACCACUUUUGGUCACGUGGACGUAGUGCGGGGAAGCAGUUCUAACGAAACCGAGCGUUCGUCGCAGGGUGCAUUCGGUAGGCGGCGCAAAACCGGAUCUGACAUCAUCGACUGUUGACCUUCAACGCCACUUCCGGCAUACCCAUCAUCCCCCCACCACAGAGUACGACGCUGCAUGGGAGACAUUUUGAGCUGCGAAAGAAAAUAGCCAGUGAAGCGACAUCGGAAAGCACUUUUAUCGCUUCGUGCUGGGAAAUGUCGUCAUUAGGCAAAGAGACAACGGGAGAUCGGAAAGUAAUGUUGCAGAGUGGUAUGGUGAACGGAUACUUGGAUUACUUGCAAACCAUUGUUUGCUUGUUUGGACUUCGGAUAUCACUGUAUGCAUGCGGGAUAUGUCGUUUUUUUUUUUUUAAGUCUCUACAUCAUAUUUAUUUUCUUCACUCGUCCAGUCACUUUUAUUUAUUUAUAGGUAAAUAAAUAAUAAUUAUCCUCAUCAUUUACGUAUCUAACUUGACAUGCUACUGGCCUAUUCCGUAUAGACCGAAGCCGUACCUAUAGGUCAGAGAAUAGAGGGUUUAUACAGCAAAGAAGCGAAACAGUCAAAUGAAAAGCAACGAUAAUGCGCAGAUAAUAGUGAUAAUAAUGAUAACAGUAAUACAAGAAAGAGGGAAGCAAGCACAUGUGAAUACGUGUCAGGGUAUCUCAUACUAUAUCCAGAUUGAUAACUGUGAUAACUGCGCCGAUGACUGCAUGAAGAGAGUUUCAUUCUUAUAUCGCACGCGAGAAGAAGAAAAAAAAAAUUCCAUGGAGACAGCGAGCUGGUGUAAUGGGCCUCUCUGUGUCAUCUUCGGUUUUGUCCUCAUCCUCGAGCGAUAUAUAUGUUAUCUACAAGAACAUUUAAAACAUUCUCACACUGCAUGUAAAAACCGCACGUAUUUUGCUCGUUUAUAUCAUUAUCAUUUCGUUCAUUGGAACCGUGGUACCUAUAUGUACUGCUGCCACGCGUUGUGACUCAGAGCCUCAGAACUCUACUGAAGGCCACACCCACUCCAUCGUUGAGUAGCAACCUGAUAGACUGUGCAACCUUCCCAAAACAUCGCAUCCGUCGUUUGAAGACGAAGCGGACAAACUUCAACCAAUGGCAAGCCUGGUGACGUCAUAAGGGGUGAUCAGACCCAUAUGCUGUUCCCGCCAACCUGAGCGGUUGUUUUUCUUCGGAACUGAUUUAUUCAAGUCGGGUGCGCGUGUUUGUGAGUGUGGAUUUAUUACCUUAUGGACCCCGUUGAAUAAUCCUCCGAUAUCCUUCCAGUAUAUAUGGUAACUCAUUAUUCCUACCAGUAUUAAUAAUAAUAAACUGCCGGUUACAAUUAAUGUUAUCAUACAGGGUGAUUCAGAAAGCACGAAAACGCUUCGUACAUACGAGAGAAAAUGGGAAGACGUGGGAGUACCGAGAGAAAAUUCUCAAUUGAAGCGUGCUUGGCGAAAAAAAUGGCGAUUUCAAGAUCGCGGUAUCUGUUAUCGUGAUUUCGAGAGGUCAUAUUUAAUGUUUCUUUUACGAGAUCAGUCGUGAGAGAUCGUUUGUUCUCAGCAGAAAAAAAACAACAACACCGAAUUAAACGCGUUCUUUGGUGAACAUGAACACUUUUAUUUCCCUGUGACAUAUGUGCCUGAAAUUUUGGUUACCUGUUUUGGUUGCUUCUAAAAGAAGAAAUUUUUGGCCAAGUGUUUCGGCUUCACCCUGUUAUUAAUUACAAGUGAGAGCUGAGUUUGUUCUACACGGUGCGGUGAAUGUUAGGGACGGUAGAAGAUGCUUUGGAAAGAAUAAAGUUUGUUCACUUU